AUGUUAGAUGAACUAUAUAAAGCAGAACGUGGAGAGAUGGAAAAGAAACUUCAAGCAAAAGAUGAAGUCAUUGAAUCCAAAGACAAAAGCAUACAGAAAAGAAUACCACGUUCAGUACCAAAAGGAAAGGAAAAGAGUUAUAAGUAUAUGAUUUAUACUGAAGAGUUGGAGAAAGAAGAAGAUAGAGAUAUGGUUAUGUUGCAUUUAGUCAGAAGAAACAACAAAAGCUUUUACGACUUAGCUAAGAUAUAUAAAUCUGACAGAAACUGGUUCUAUCGUGAAAACUUACCGAUUUCAAUGACACCGAAUGAGCAAAUAAAGGAAAUUGUCAAAAAUACUCUUCCUCAAACACACUAUGACAUCAAAGGUUGCACAAUACUUACAUUCAAAGAAGACUUAACAUUACUGAAAGAAAAGAUAACAGAAUAUUUCGAUAACUUCAAAGAGGAAGAAUGA